AUGAUAUUCAAUUGGGUUUUAUCACUUUUUCUAGUUUUUAAUUCACUGAAAAUUGGAAGCGGAAGUAUGGCGGAAACGAAAUUGUUCACAGAUUUACUGAAAGGUUACAAUCCUUUGGAACGACCUGUUCAGAAUUCAUCUCAGCCAUUGGCGGUGAAAAUUAAACUAUUUUUACAACAAAUUCUGGAUGUAGAUGAGAAAAAUCAAAUUGUUUCAGUUAAUGCGUGGUUGAGCUAUACAUGGUUCGACCACAAGCUCCAAUGGGAACCGAAAAAGUACGGAGGAAUUCAAGAUAUUCGAUUUCCGGGAAGUUCAGAUCAUAUCUGGAAGCCUGAUGUUUUAUUGUAUAAUAGUGCCGCCGAAGAUUUCGACUCAACAUUCAAAUCAAAUCUUCUCACAUAUCACACGGGAACCGUUGUCUGGAUUCCUCCAGGAGUCUUAAAAUUCGUUUGUCAGCUUGAUGUGACAUGGUUUCCAUUUGAUGACCAAGUAUGCGAAAUGAAAUUUGGAUCAUGGACGUUCCAUGGAUAUGCGAUUGAUCUACAAAUCGAUGAUGAUACAAAUGGAACCCAAUCAAUGGAUUUGUCGACAUAUUUAGUAAAUGGAGAAUGGCAAGUGAUAAGUACGAAUGCAAAACGGAUCGUUAGUUUUUACAAAUGUUGUCCUGAACCGUAUCCAACUGUUAACUACUACUUGCAUAUCAGAAGAAGGACUUUGUAUUACGGCUUCAAUUUGAUCAUCCCAUCUCUUUUGAUUUCCCUGAUGGCAAUUUUGGGUUUUAUGUUCCCACCAGAUGCUGGAGAAAAGAUCACACUAGAGGUGACAAUCCUGUUGGCAAUCGUUUUCUUCUUGAGUAUGGUCUCCGAAAUGACGCCGCCAACAUCGGAAGCAGUGCCGUUAAUUGGAGUUUUCUUCUCGUGCUGUAUGCUAGUUGUCUCCGCAUCCGUUGUAUUCACCAUUGUGGUUCUGAAUCUUCAUUUUCGAAGUGCAGACAGUCACGAAAUGAAUCCACUCGUCCGUCGAAUCCUUCUAGAGUUCCUCCCCUGGCUUCUCUUCAUGUCCCGUCCCGGGUAUAAGUUUGUGAAAGCCAAUGUGAUAGAUAACACGGAUAAGAUGCCGAAGAAACCGAAGAAUCCUUUGGACUGUAAUCUUCCCUCGAAUCAUGCUGGAUACGAAGCUCAAAUUCUACUUUUACAUUCAGUACACACAGAAUUACGCAAGGUUGUUGCCUUUUACAAUAAGGAAGAACACGAUGAGAGGAUUCAAACAGAUUGGAGAUUUGCGGCGAUGGUCGUCGACAGAGCGUGUCUUUUGCUUUUCACUGUUUUCAUUGUUAUUUCCAUUUUAGCUAUUAUGAUGUCAGCACCUCAUAUCAUUGCUUAA